AUGGGGAACUCGUUCACAUGCAUCUCCCACGAGGAAGAACAACGUCCCACAAAAUCCUCGGCCGGCCGUGGCAAAGGAAGAGCAAGUAACACCAGGAAAUACAUGCGUCGCCUAUCGCUCUCCUGCUCUGGCUCAUCCUCCACUUCGUCUUCCAAGAAAGGUGUAAUCAAACCAAAAAAGAAGAUAAGAGAGAGACAUCAUCAAGAUCAUGAUAAAAACUCUCAUAUUAUUCAGGAGCAAACUUUGGCAGCCACUAAUCUCCUUUUCAACCAAACCCCUCGUAACAGCAACUACGUUGCUCCUCCUACUUUCAGACGGUCUACCAGCUCAAGUGGCGGCUCAGGACCUGUCUCACCCGUCCAGAGUCCCAAGAAAUCGACUUGUGGAUUCGUAAGAACCUCUAGCUCUAGGCGAAAGUCUAGUGUCAAUCCAGUUAUCAAGCCUAACCAGCUCCUAGACAAGGAGCCGAAGAAGAUGGAAGCUUCAGAGACGAAGAGGUUCGUGCUAGUCCAUGGUGGAGGAUUUGGGGCUUGGUGUUGGUACAGAACCAUAACUCUCUUAGAGAAACAUGGUUUCCAAGUAGAUGCUGUUGACUUGACCGGUUCAGGUGUUAGCUCUACUGACCCCAACACCAUCGCAAGCCUCGCUCACUACUCCAAGCCUCUCCUCCACUUUCUGGAAUCCCUCAAACCCAACGAGAAGGUCAUUUUGGUGGGGCAUGAUUUUGGAGGGGCUUGUAUGUCUUAUGCGAUGGAAAUGUUUCCUACUAAAAUCUCCAAAGCUGUUUUUAUCUCUGCUGUUAUGUUGGCUAAUGGUCAAAGCACUCUCCAUCUCUUUAACCAACCGCUGGGAUCAAAUGAUCUGAUGCAACAAGCUCAUAUGUUUCUGUAUGCCAAUGGCAAAAAGAACGCUCCAACUGCCGUUGACUACGACAGAUCUUUGCUUAGAGAUUUUAUCUUUAACAAGAGCCCACCAAAGGACCUCGCAUUGUCAUCGGUAUCCAUGAGGCCGUUUCCAUUCGCACCGAUUGGUGAAAAACUUCACCUGUCGGAGAAAAACUACGGCUCUAUUCGACGGUUCUACGUAAAAACCAUGGAGGAUUACGCUGUACCGGUUCCUCUUCAGGAGGCAAUUAUCAAAUUAAACCCAUCUGAACAAGUGUUUCAGCUCAAAGGAGCCGAUCAUGCACCGUUCUUUUCUCGGCCUCAGUCCUUGAACCGAAUCCUCGUCGAGAUAGCUAAACUACCGUUUAAAAAAUCAUGUUGA